AUCAUGCUUCACAGUGGGUCAGCUGAUGCUGGAUGUGUGGUGUCGAGUGAUGUGUGUAAUGGGAGCUGUACCAAAAAGGAAGUGUCUGUGACCUCGACUGCCAUCUCAAUGACAGUGGGGAUCAUUUCCAACACUCUGGCCCUCUUCAUCUUGAUCAAAGCCUACCACAGAUUUAGAUUCAAGUCUAAAGCAGCCUUUCUCCUGUUUGCCAGUGGUCUGGUGGUGACUGACUUCUUGGGACACCUAAUCAAUGGCUCUCUGGCGCUCUACGUUUAUGCCUCACAGAAAGACUGGGAAACAUUCGACCCUCACAAGUCUCUGUGUGACUUUUUUGGAGUUUGUAUGGUUUUCUUCGGCUUGACCCCUCUGCUGCUUGGGAGCUUGAUGGCGGUGGAGCGCUGUAUCGGAGUGACCCAUCCUCUCUUUCACACCACGGCACUGGGGUCCCAUCACGUCAAGAGGCUGUUGGGUUUGACAUGGCUGCUGGGUCUGCUGGUGGCCCUGCUGCCCCUCCUGCUUCAGCGGUCCUACCAGGUGCAGCAUUCGCGAAGCUGGUGCUUCUUCAGGCUGCAGGGGCUGCGUGACUGGGUGGACAUGCUUCUGCCGAUACUGUUCUGUAUGCUGGGUUUGCUGUCUCUCGUCGUCUCGCUGGUGUGCAAUACUGUGACUUUUCUCACUCUCCUGCGGAGCAGGGUACAACUUGACCGAGAUUAUCAUCGCCAUAGCCGUAACACAUCACACCAUUCUGAAAUGGUCUGCCAGCUUUUGGCAAUCAUGCUGGUUUCCUGUGUGUGCUGGGGGCCAAUUUUGAUAACAGGCAUCAUCUUCAGCCUACAGGAUCACGGUGAGGAUCAGACAUCAUACACUCAUAUGCUGCUGGUUGUGCGCAUGGCCACAUGGAACCAGAUCCUCGAUCCAUGGGUGUACAUUCUGCUGCGCAAAGCUGUUCUGAAGAGACUGUUUCAGGUGGCGUUGAGACUUUGCAGUCCUCACUUGACAUUUCGGUUCCAGUGGCAGGGCAGCACUCUGGGGAGCUCCAGGAUGGAGGCCAGCAGCUCAGUGAUCAGCAGACCAGACUUCAUCUGCCUGCAGGGACCUUUCCUACCAGACACUGCCAUCCAAUCAUGCAGCUCACCUCCCCUGACGGCAGAUGAGAGACCUCCAUUCACAGAUAUUUAAUCAUGACUGUUUCAGAGAGCCAUGCGAUGUCUCUCAUAGAGGGAAUC